AUGGCGUCAAACGUGCUGCCCCUGUUCUGGGACUUGGCAUCCUCAUCUCGCGACAAGCGUCUAGGAGCGAGCGCUGACCUCGUGGCGGCCACCCAGGCAUUCCAAGCAGCCUACUCUGUCCCAGAGAAGGCUUCAGGAGACGACGACGACGAUGAGGACGAUGACGGGGACGAUGACGGAUCAGAGUCAGGGAUGGAGGUGGAUGGCGACGAUGACGAAGAAGAAGGGCCCAGUGCUGUCGACCCGGUGCUCGCGGCCAAGCUCGACGCAGCGCUCGCACACGACAACGCCCCGGACGUCGUGUACUGCAUCAAGCGUUUGGUGCGCGGACUGGGCUCGUCGCGCGAGCACAGUCGCUUGGGAUUUGCGGUCGCGCUGACUGAGCUGCUCGCGCGUUCCGAGAAUGUGACGGCCGCGCAGGUCAUCUCGCUGCUCCUGCGCGCCUCACAGUGGAGCAAGGGCAUGAAGGGGAGCGACGAGCGCGACAUGAUGUUCGCGCGUCUCUUUGGUAUCACGGCUGUUGUGGACUCGGGGUUGCUCUUUUCGUCAUCCGCGGCGCUCGAGGACUUUAUCACCGUGCUCGACAGCCUCCUGGCCCUUGCGGACGCCAAGGCGUGGCUUGCGGAGGCGGCGGGGUGGGCGCUUCUGCGUGUGGGUGAGAGUCUCAUUGCCUCCAGCGUGGAGUGGAAGGACGAAGCUCUGGAGGCUGUCGCCGAGCGCGUGUACGCCGACCGCGCGUGGUCGCCGGAGAAGGUUGCACUUACGCUCGCGCUGCAGCGCGGCGCACCGGAGCUUGACUGGAAGGCGCUCCUCGGCCCGACGUUCAAGGCGACGCCUCUCCUCGCAUCGGCCAACCUCAUCACCCUCGGCCGCGUGCUCAAGGAGGGAGGCGAGGACGACGCACGCGCUGGAACGUACCAGCCCAAGCUGCAUUAUGUCUGGGACGGCAUCAUCGCCGAGCACUUCACCCACUCGGCGUCGGGGAUCGCGCCGUUCGCCGAGCUUUUCCGCACCGUCGUCGACGAGGCGCUGUUCGCCAACACGUCCAGCGCCGAGCGCAAGUACUGGGGCUUCCAGGUGUUUGAGCGUGCCCUCCCCCUCCUGCCGUCCGAGAAUGUGCCACUCAUCUUCACUCCCAACUUUAUGCGCUCGUGGAUGAACAACCUCUCGUCGGCCGACCGCCACCUCCACAAGGCAGCCGUGCAGGUGGCCCGCAAGGUCAACGAGCACGUCAAGGCCGACCCCACUGCUGGCUUUACGCUCCUCUCUCAGCUUGUCGGCAAGCACGGCCGCCCGGACUUUGACCGGGUCACCAAGACCAAGACUGUCGAGGGUAUCAUGAGCUCGCUCUCUGUCGACGGCGUCGAGAAGUACGUCGCGUACCUCGAAAACGUGCUUGUCAGCGAGGACGAGGGCGGCCUGGACGAGCGCCGUACCUGGGCGCUCGACCAGAUGCUCGCGCUCGCCCGCAACGGCGCGGUGCCGCGCGCCGAUAGCUGGAUCUCGCGCGUCCUCGACACGAUGCUUGUGCACGGGUUCUUCCUGAUCCGCAAGGCGGACAAGCGGUCGAAGAUUACUGCACUCCGCGCGAUCCCCAAGCCUCCUCUCUCGGACGUCGUGGCUGCCACCGCGCGCGCGCGCUUCUUCAGUGCGCUCGUUGAGGCCACUGCGCACAAGGAGGACGGAAAGGAGGGUACCGACAGCGCCGGAAAGCUGUGGCUCACGCGCGCGCUCGACACGAUGGCUGCGCUCGAGAAGAACUCGGCCGUCGAGCUCGUCACCGAUGCCGACGACGAGAUCAAGAAGAUCCGCGCGGACGCUGUCGCCGCCCUGGCUCCUCUCGGCGACGAGCCGGUCGCCCGCGGCGCUCGCAUCCUCGUCUCGUUCCUCGUGCUCCAGACAUACGACGAGGCCGAGGACGCACUCGACAUGCUCGAUGAGGCGGUUGGCGCCGUGCGUGCCCUCUUCCCCGCCAAGAAGAGCGGACGCAAGAGCAAGAAGGCAGAGCCCGAGGUCGAUGCCGACGCCCCGCCUCCCGUUGACGCGCUGCUCGACGUACUUGUCGCCCUGCUCGACAAGGGCAGCGCCGACCUCCGUACCCUCGCCAACCAGGUGUUUGGCAUGCUUGUGCCCGCCAUGACUGCGAGCGCCGUUGAGCACCUCGUCGCGCAGCUCGAGCAGUCUGGCGCCGCCGUGGCCGAGGAUGAGGAUGAGGACGAUGACGAGGAAGAGCACGAGCACGGCCCUGACUGCGACCACGGCGAGGAGGACGAGGACGAGGACGAGGACGAGUCUGACUCCGAGUCUGUUGCUUCGGACGACACGGACGCCAACGCCGAGGUCGACCCCGAGUUCCGCCGCCGCGUCGCUGAGGCGCUCAAGGUUUCUGGCGUGCUCGACGAGAAGGAGGAGGGCGAUGACGACGACAGUGACAACGAGAGCGUGUGGGACGACGAGCAGAUGAUGAAGGUCGACGAGCAGCUCGCCGCCGUGUUCAAGCAGCAGGCGAGCAGCAAGAAGGCCGACCUUAAGCACGCGGCCAUCGAGUCCUUACACUUCAAGAACCGCAUUCUCGACUUCUUUGACGUGUUCCUCCGCCGUCCGACUUCGCUGGCUCUCGCUCUCCUCCUUCCGCUGCUGCACGUCGUGCGCGGUGGCGGUGAGCUCGGCAACAAGGCUGCCGGUAUCCUGCGCACACGCCUGAAGGGCACUUCGCUCACCGCUUCUACGGACAAGGCCGAGCUCGAGCGGGCCGGCAAGAUCCUCGCUGAGAUCCACUCGCUGGCGCGCCGUGCCCCGACCUCCGAGUUUAGUGGUCUCUGCAGCGCCGCGUCGCUCUUCGCUGCCCGCGUUGCCCCCACCCAGGCACUGGACCAGUACAAGGCGACUCUGGCCGACUUUGUGACCCACAAGCACUCGAGCGUCCACCCAGCCUUCUUGCAGGACUACGCCCGCCGGAAUGCCGGCAAGGCGUGGCCCCUUGCGGGCGAGAUCCUCUCUCUCCUCAAGGAGGGCAAGGCUGCCAACGCGUACCGCCACGCACAGGCUUACGCACUCCUUGGCGCGCUCCUCUCCCAGGCUCCUACGCUUGUCAAGGCCGGGGAGCUCACGACAUCUGAGGCUGAGAAGGUCGUCAAGGGCUCGAUGGGCGACGUGUACUCUGUCCUCGAGGCUGCGGCUGAGAGUGGAGAGUGGAAGGCCGACCGCCUCAAGGACGCCGCAAAGUUCGCGCUUGUCGUUGCCCGCACUGCCCGGGCAUUGGACGUCGGGGAGGCGUGCGACGCCCUGCGCCUCAAGGAGGUCGCUGAGAAAGUUAAGGCCGGGCGGACGAAGGAGAUGAAGGGCGUACAUGCGCUCUUGACUCAGUUGGGGGCUGUGUUGUCCAAAAAAGAGGGCAAGAAGGAGGGCAAGGGGAAAGGGAAGAAGGCGGUGAACGGCGGGGACGCCGUGGAGGCCGAGGAGAAGGAGGAGGAGGAGCCAAAACCCGUCACGGGCAAGCGCAAGGCGACGGCGAAGGCGGCCAAGGGCAAGAAGAAGGCCAAGGCUGAGUAG